AUGUCAAAGAAAAUAAAUAAAACAUAUUUAUCACAUAUUAAGACAUUAAACAAUGAAUCUCUACUUGAAGGAACAAUUAUUUAUUUUCUUUCAAAUUACUAUUCAAUUAUUGUAACAAGACCAAGUAAGAAGUCGACAAUGACUGUCCCAUUUAUUAGAAUUAAAAGAAUUGAAAGAAAUGGAGAAAGUUUAGAUAUACCUAAAUUUAUCAAAAGAAGAGGAAAAGAAUAUUUUGAAAUACAUAAAAAUAAGAGAGCGAUUGUGAAAACAAUCAGAAGGAGAGAAAGAUCGAGAAGAAGGAUGGAAACAAUGCAUUUACUUGAAGAUUUCUUAUUUAAUGAAGGGAUUUAUGUUAAUGUAGAGAAUGAAAGUGUGAAUGGGAUAGGUCCAAAUUCAUGGAUUUAUCAAAGCAGAGAAAAGAAAGUUAUCAAUUCAACAGAAAUCAGAGAAAUUGGAAUGAAAGUGAUCAGCUAUAUCACCAAUGAACUUACAACUAAAAACCAAGUAAUAAUCGAAAGAAAUACAAUACUCAGUAUGUUAAAUUAA